AUGGAAGGCUUCGCAAUCCUUUUCAGAAUUCCAAAUGCAGCGACCCGAGCUAGGGUGAUCAAGCAGAAGCUAUGGCAGAUUGAAGGUCAGACAAUGUUUGUAGAUAAAUGGGAACCAGGUGUUGUGCCUACCAAGCCCGAGCUUACUUCCGCCCCCAUCUGGUUGGAACUUAGGAAAGUCCUUCUUCAGUUCUUUAAUGAGGAUGGCCUGGAGCGCAUUGCGGGACUGGUGGGGCAUCCCAAAUUCCUUCACCCAAUGACAGCUAACAAAAGUAAUUUGGAGGUUGCCAAGGUGUUUACUAUCAUCGAUCCUAGGAAGCCCCUACCCGAGGCAGUCAACGUGCAGUUCGACUCGGGAGAAAUCAGUAGGGUACUUGUUUCAAGUCCCUGGAUGCCACCAGUAUGCGACAUUUGUAAAGAAAUAGGACACGCAGCCAGACGUUGUCCCAGAGCUCCUAAGGUUUGCACCCUGUGUGGCUCGGUAGAUCAUGUGCGCUCGAAAUGUACUCAAAAGCCUGUGCAAAAUAGACAUGAGCGACAUGACAAACAAGAUCAGCAGGAGCCUAAAGGAAAGAAAACAAGGAGAGGGAGAUCAAAAGAUAAACAGAAUUGGGUCAUGAUCAAUCCUCCUACAGGUGCUUCUACUCCCUCGCAGGAAACUCACGUCAACCAACCUGCACCAACCAUCCCUCCUCAAUCUAAUCCAAUUGUGAAAUCUGUGCUGGAACUUCCUCUUCAGACCAAGCUGGGCACUGAAAAGGACAUGGUUAGAGGGGAAACCAGUGGCGCUGCGAACUAUCUUCAUCCUCCUAUACGCAGGAACAACUCAGGUGUUUCUCGGUCCUCUCAUUCAGACGUUCAGCCUGACUCUUCGGAUGUAGAAUCCAAAGACUCGGAGUUGGAAGAAGGUGAAUUCAGUAGACACGAACCAGAUUUCGAGGUUGUACGGAACAAAAAAAGAUUCUCAUGA